AGGCGCGGCCCAAAUGUAUCGGCGGGAGAAACGAGCGCUAAACAAAAAAGGAAUGGCGCGGAACAAAAUUUUCAGCACCAAAACUCCAAACAAACAGACCUCUCUUCUCUCUCACACGCUCUCUCUCAGAAACCUGAAAAAAUCCCCACUCCAAGACCUAGCAGGUAGCAGCACCGCCUCCGCCUCCGCCUCAUCUCCUCCCCCAACCAGCAGCGCCGCCGCCGCUUCCUCUCCAACCAGCAGCGCCACCACCUCCUCCUGUCCCCUCCUCCAUCUCCCCCACAUCAUCCACGAUGUAUUGCCCCCGGUGGUUCAUCCAUGUGGCCCAUCCCACAUGAAUCCACCAUCUCCACGCCCCCAAGGUGGUUCCUGCAGGGAGGUCGCAUUUGGCUGCGAUUCAUCACCAAGAGCACGACCUCAUCGCUCCUAGGGAGCCACCUGCAUCUGUGCUCACCAGAUCUGCUUCACCUGAGGUUCUGGGCACCGUCGUCCCUUCUUGAAGCUCAAGACGACGUUUCUUUGUCCACUGCAAUCAACAACACAAGAUCUAUCUUCAGUAGUUAUGGUGGAAUUUGCUUAAUUCUUGUCUACUUGACCUCCCUGACAUAUUUAGCUAGAAGGUCUUGCUGAGUAAUCGGAGACACCAACAAGGUUGGCAGCAAACCAGAACAAAUUAACAAGCAAACGCACAACUAAAAGUAUCAUAACGAAUAUUUGCAUUUUAUAUUCAGACAUUUAGUAUUUCAUUAUAAGAGGCAAGCAUGGAUAAGGGAUGGAUGGAUCUGCCUAGGAGCACAACUGAGUACAGACGUGGUGUCAAUAACUUCAUAGAAUUUGCUUUUACUCAUUCAGCAAAAGGAAAUAAAAUACUGUGUCCUUGCAAGAAGUGUGUUAAUUGUUCAUGGUUGGAAGCAAACAUUGUAAUUGAACACCUGAUAUGUGAUGGAUUUAAGCAUGGGUACCGGCUGUGGAUUUUUCAUGGGGAAGCAUCAUCUUCUGCACAUUGCACUACACAUGAACAAGUUCAAGUAGAACAGAGGGCAGCUGAUCGUGAUGAAAUUCCUGAAAUGCUUAGAGAUAUGGCAUAUGGUUUAGAUCAAAUGGGGGAGGGGGGUGCUGCUGAUGGCAGUUCAGGGGAUGCCAAUAAUGAUGCCGAUGAUUUUUAUAGAUUAGUAGAUGAUGCAAGUCAGGAGCUGUACCCUGGUUGCAAGACCUUCUCUAAACUAAAUUUCUUAGUCCGUUUGCUGCAUACAAAAUUUCUAGGAGGAUGGAGUGAUAAAAGCUUUGACAUGCUACUGGACUUACUUAGAGAGGCAUUUCCUGAAGGUGCAGCACUACCUAAAAAUUUUUAUGAAGCAAAGAAGACGGUUAAAUCUCUAGGUCUUGGCUACAUUAACAUUCAUGCUUGUGAAAAUGAUUGCAUAUUAUUUUGGAAACAGUAUGAAAAUUAUACUUCCUGCCCAAAAUGUAAUACUUCUCGAUGGAAGAUGGAAAGAAAGAGUCUUGAUGGAAAACGUUUCCACAAAGUUCCUAGAAAAGUUCUUAGGUAUUUCCCAAUUAAGGAAAGACUUCAAAGACUAUACAUUAACCCAGAGAUGGCCAAAAAUAUGAGGUGGCAUGACGAAGGACGUACAAAAGAUGGAUUGCUUAGACAUCCAGCAGAUUCUCCAGCUUGGAAACACUUGGACACAGUCCAUCCUACCUUUGGUAAUGAAAGUCGUAAUAUAAGAUUAGCGUUAGCUACUGAUGGCUUCAAUCCCUUCAGAUCCUUGAAUUCUACCCAUAGUACUUGGCCUGUUAUUGCAAUUCCAUACAAUGUGCCACCCUGGAUGUGUAUGAAACAACCUAAUUUCAUCCUAUCACUAUUAAUUCCUGGUCCAACUGCCCCUGGUAAUGAUAUGGAUGUCUACAUGGAACCAUUAAUAGAUGAUUUGGAAUCUCUUUGGCGUGAAGGCAUUAGGACUUAUGAUGCUUCUAAGGGUGAAUUUUUCCAACUGCGUGCUGCAGUAUUAACCACCAUAUCAGACUAUCCCGGCUUAUGAUAUUUUCAUGGAUGCACAACUUCAGGUGAAGUUGCUUGCACUGAUUGCCACAUAGAAACCGGUUAUACAAGGCUAUCAAAGGGCAGCAAGAGUUCUUACAUGGCACAUCGCAGGUUUUUAGAUGCUGAUCAUAGAUUUAGAUCAGAUACAAAAUCAUUUGAUGGCACAACAGAAUUUAGACCAGCACCUUCCCCUCUUUCUUGUGAGGAUGUUUUGAGGCAGACAGAACAUUUAAAUGUAGUUUAAAUUUUGGUGUGAUUGAGGAUGGCAGUCAUUUUAGAAAAGAUUUAGGUGGUUCUAUUGUUGACCUAAGUGAGAAAGGGAAGUAAGUGUCAUUUGUUAUUUACUAUAUGGUACUGCUGCUACAUGUAUAUUCAUAAUGACGUAUACUCAUAAUUAUGCUUUUCUAUCACCUAGAUAAUAUAUCAAUAAAGUAAUUAUUAGUCAAAAUCUUGUCCUAGAGUACAAAAAAUUGAAUCAAAUUUUGUAAUCCGCACAAAGAUUUUCUUAGAGUAUAUACUUUUUCUAUCAUUACAAUUUCUAAGUAAUCAUAUGCAAAACUUUUAGGUUUUAUGAAAUCAUCGCAAUUUUCCGGAAAAAUACCAUUUUCUUUUUUUAAUAGAAUCAACAGUGUCAAAGUUAAAUAAUGAAGGCUGUGUUAAGCCGGAGGAAGGUGAGGAUGAGGCCAAGUCAUCAUGCCCCUUAUGCCCUGAGCGACACACGUGCUACAAUGGGCGGGACAAAGGGUCGCGAUCUCGCAAGGGUGAGCUAACUCCAAAAACUCGUCCUCAGUUCGGAUUGCAGGCUGCAACUCGCCUGCAUGAAGCAGGAAUCGCUAGUAAUCGCAGGUCAGCCAUACGGCGGUGAAUCCGUUCCCGGGCCAUGUACACACCGCCCAUCACACUAUAGGAGCUGGCCAUGUUUGAAGUCAUUACCCUUAACCGUAAGGAGGGGGAUGCCUAAGGCUAGGCUUGCGACUGGAGUGAAGUCGUAACAAGGUAGCCGUACUGGAAGGUGCGGCUGGAUCACCUCCUU